AUGAGGAGAUUGAAUUUGGAGGUUAUUAAUAACAGUUAUGUAAGCAUUUAUAUUUUCUGCGUCAUCCUGGGAAUAGGUGGGGAUGAUGGUGGCGGAGUGCCACCGAGUAGUGAGAUCCACUUGUUAAAACCACAAGGACCCUUGGUGAUCAAAGAGGUCUCUGAUGUAGCUCCCAAGAUGAACAAGAAUGUGGAUGGCAAAGGUAAAGCAAUUGCUGAAUCUGUGGUUAAUGUCACUCCUAGAGUUGAGAAAACUUAUAUCAAACUUGAUUUUAAAGAAGAAGAAGUGUUUUUGUCAGAAGAUGGUAAGGCGGUGAGGUUGAAUGAGGAAUUGGAGGUUGUGAAUUCAAAGAAGCAGUUAAAUUGGUUGGUAAUAAAGGUGUUCGGUAAAGAAUUACGAUCACAUAUGGUGGCUUGGGAAAUAAGGAGGCUAUGGAGUCAUUUUGGGCAUUUUCACUCAACCUCUAUGGGUAGGGGAUGGUUCUUAUAUUCAUUUAAUUCGGAUGAGAAGGUGAAAGCAGUUCUUUCAGGCGGUCCAUGGUUUGUUAACGGUCAUAUAGUAGGCAUGGAGAGAUGGACUACUGAGUUUUCUUCUUUAUCCAUGAAGGGGCUAACCUCUCCAAUUUGGGUUAGAAUGCGACAUUUGCCAUUGCAAUAUUGGAAUGAGGUAAAUGUGGCAAGAAUUGUUACAAGGAUUGGUAAACCAUUAAUGCUGGAUGGUAGAAUGCUUCAAUGGGGGAGGAGGGAAUUUGCAAGUGUUUGUGUAUGGGUAAAUCUCGAUCAACCUCUUCCAUUGGGGGUAUGGGUAGAUAGCAUUUUUGGAAGGUUUUUCCAAAAUGUGGAUUAUGAAAAGGUAUCUAACUUUUGUUUUGAGUGGGGGAUGUUUGGGCAUGUGAAGAGUGAUUGUGUCCAUAAAGAACCUAUUCCCAAGGAGGUGGAGGUUGCUAUUUAUAAAGGUAAUGGGGGAGCUGAAGAGGAAGAGGAGCGGCCUGAACAGGUUUCUAAAAUUAGGGAGGAUUCUUCUCAUCAGAAUCAAGUGGUACUGAAUGCUGAUAUAGAACAAUUUGAAGAAGGUGAAUGCAUAUUGGAAGCUGAUCGGUAUAUGGAAAAGGAGCAUGGUGCUAUUGCUGAGGAAAAGGAAGGGCCUCCUGACAAAUGUGGAAACAAUUCUGAAGGAGAAUUGGGAGAUAUUGUUGGAAAGAUAAAGGAGAUGAGUUGUGUAGAGGGAUAUGAUAGGAAUAGAUCAGGAGGUGGAUUGGCUAGGGAUGUUGGUGCUGUUGGGGAGUUGAAUAAGGUGAAGCUUGCAAAAGAGCUAAGAGGGGCCAAGAAAAAAGAGGCCUCUCUAUAUCUUAAGGAGUUUAUUAAAGAUCAAGUUUCCUUUGAGAGAGUUAUGGGGCCUGAUUGGGAUUUCUUUCUUCUACCGUCAGAUGGUUUAUCUGGAGUAUUAAAGAAGUUAGAACAGUAUGUCAUUGGGGACCUUAAUGUUUUCAAUAAAGGGGUGUGGAUGAUUGCUACUAUCUGUGGGAGUAAGGAGGUUGUGAAGAGGAGAGGGUUAUGGGGUAGUCUACAUAAAGUGGCUAAUAAAAAUAUCCCUUUGAUCGUUUGGGGGGAUUUCAAAUGUAUAUUGUCUCAAGAGGACAAGAGAGGUGGAAGGAAGUUUGUAUUCUCACAAGGUCCUAAGGAGAUGGUUGAUUUUAUGAAUGGGAAUGACUUGCAUGAAGUGGAGAUUGUUGGACCAAGGUUCACUUUGUGUAACAAUAAAACUGGAGGAGGCCGAAUUCUUCAGAGGUUGGACAGGUGUUUGCUCAAUUCUUUGGCUAUCAAUUGUAUUCAGGUGGCAGUGGUGAGACACUUAGCUAGAGUAGCUUCAGACCAUUGUCUAAUAGUGCUGAAAAUUUUUGAGUCAUCUAGAAAAAGAAGAAGGAUUCUUAAGUUUGAAGAUGUUUGGAUAUCUUAUAAAGCUUCUGCCCACAUUAUAGCUAAAGUUUGGAGUAAGGGAUUUCAAGUAGAUGAUAUGGACAGCCUUAACAGAAAAUGGAAGAAAGCAUUGAAGGAUUUGUAUUAUUGGGGCAAGGCUAAAGUAAAGGAGUUCUCUAAGGAGAAGGAUAAACUGAAAGAAGAAAUCUUUCAUAUUCAAGAGGAAGAAGCUAAUACGGGUUGGUUAAGUGAAGAGAAGCUUUGGGUGUUGAGAUCUAAAUUCAAGGAGCUAAAUGUGAUUCUUGCUCGGUUAAAUACUUGGUGGAAGCAAAGAGCAAAGGCGAAGUGGAUUGAGGAUGGGGAUACUAAUACUAAAUUUUUUCAUUCUUUUGAAAAUGCUAGGAGAAGUGUAAAAUGGAUUUCUCAAGUUAGAAAUUCAAAUGGAGAACUCAACGAGGAGCCUAAGGAGUUGCAUGAUGUAUUCUUCAAUUUCUUUCAAGAAAAGUGGAAAGAAAAAGGAUGCUGUAUGGAUAACUGGCCGGUCCCGAGAACUAUUUUGGAUGACAUAGAUAGAAGAGGUUUGAAUGAAGACAUUUCAGAUUCGAAAAUAAUGGAGAUAAUCAAAGGGCUGGGUAGUAACAAAGCUCAUGGUUAUGAUGGCAUAACCUAUUCAUUUUUCAAAAAUUAUUGGAGUAUUGUAGGGAAUGAUGUAUGCAAAGCAGUGAGAAGAUUAUUUGUUACAAGUAAAAUGUGCAAGGAAUGGAAGGACACACUUGUUGUGCUUAUUCCUAAAAUAAAUAACCCAGUCUCUCCUGCUGGCUUUCGUCCUAUAAGCUUGUGUAACUCUAUCUAUAAAAUUGUGGCUAAGGUUUUAUUGAACAGGCUAUUGUUGGUCAUUCCUAAGAUUAUCUCAGAAGAACAAGUAGCUUUUAUUAAAGGGAGGAGUAUAGCGGAUCAUUUAUUGCUGGCUCAGGAGUUAUUCAAUAAGAUCAGGAUUUCUAAAUAUGGUGUUGGUAUGGUAGCUAUCAAGCUAGACAUGGAGCAAGCCUACAACAACUUGUGUUGGAAGACCCUUUAUGAGAUGAUGAGCAAAAUGGGCUUUCCAGAGAAGUUUAUGAAGUUGGUGAUGGAAUGCAUUAUGGAGCAAAGGUUUUCUACCUUAAUCAAUGGUGGACUAUCCAAAUGGAUUAUGGGGAAGAGUGGUUUCCGUCAAGGCGUUCCACUAUCACCCUUUCUUUUUUAUCAUGUGUUCUCAAUUGCUCUCUAA